AUGAAGUUUCUCAAUAUACCAAUCGCAAUUGCUGCCGCAGCAAUCUUAUUAUUACCUUGCGAAGCCAAGCUGGGCCGUGGGCUUUCGCAUCUCGAUAUUCUACAAAAGCGACACUCUCAUAAUAGAAUUCAUGCUUCACCGCGAGCAGAAGAUUCUACGAACUUGUUACAAAAGCGUGGUACUUGCGAAUUCCCAACGGAUGCUGGAUUGGUUGCUGUUACACCCGAUUCUAAAAAUGCGGGAUGGGCAAUGAGUCCAGAUCAAGCUUGUACUCCAGGCUCAUAUUGUCCAUAUGCUUGCCCUCCUGGUCAAGUGAUGGCGCAAUGGAAUCCAAAAGCCACUUCAUACACUUAUCCAUUAUCUAUGGAUGGAGGAUUAUACUGCGACUCAAAUGGCAAAGUCAGCAAACCGUUCUCCAACCAACCUUAUUGUGUGUCAGGGACUGGUACAGUUGGAGUCGUAAACAGCUGUGGUGGAAGCGUUUCAUUCUGUCAAACAGUUCUACCUGGAAAUGAGGCUAUGUUAAUUCCAACAUCGGUGGAUGGAUCCUCUCAAUUGGCAGUUCCAGGUACAAGUUACUGGUGUGAAACCGCGGCUCACUACUAUAUCAAUGCUCCAGGAGUCUCGACUGCUGAUGCUUGUAUUUGGGGUGAUGGCUCAAAACCUAUUGGGAAUUGGGCUCCAUACGUUGCUGGAGCUAACACUGUCGCCAACGGUGAUACCUACCUUAAGAUUGGUUGGAAUCCAAUUUGGACAUCCUCCUCCCUUUCAGAUACCAUGCCUACUUUCGGUAUCAAAAUUGAAUGUUCUGGGUCUGGAUGUAAUGGACUUCCUUGUUCAAUUGAUCCAUCAGUUGAUGGAAUUGGAGGAGUUACCAGCGCCGAUCAAGCUUCAGGGGCUGGAGGUGCAAACUUUUGUGUUGUCACUGUUCCUUCAGGUCUAACUGCCGAUGUCGUGGUAUUUGAGCUUGGCGGUUCUGGAUCUUCGGCUUCCUCGUCCUCUAAAGCUGCUUCAAGUAGUGCUUCGCCAACUCCUUCGCCAACCCCAACCCCAACUCCCAGCUCAUCAUCUUCUACCCCAACUACUUCGUCAACUCCACCUCCAUCAACUAGCAGUUCUUCCUCGUCUACAUCUACAUCCGCAUCUACAUCUUCUUCGAUAUCUUCUUCGACAUCUUCUUCUUCUUCUUCGAUAUCUUCUUCGACUUCUUCUUCUUCUUCUUCUUCUUCUUCUUCUUCUUCUUCUUCUUCUUCUUCUUCUUCCUCCUCCUCCUCCUCCUCCUCCUCCUCCUCUUCCUCUUCCUCCUCUUCCGCAAUCUUAUCUUUGUCGAUUUCUACCAAAUCGAGCCCAACUUCCUCACUUUUCAGUCACACAACGACCUCCAUUGUUGCUUCCACCUAUCCAACCGACGACGCUCACGUGUUCCUCCAAGCUGGAAAUUCUACUGUUGGCGCAUCGAGUGUCUCCCUUGCCCAAACCGUGUCCAGCACUGGAACUGGAGUAAUGAGUCCAAUCGCAAGUGUCGCCGAAACCGCUUCUGCCACAGCAUCGAGUACCAAGAAAUCGGCAGCUACAUCAACCGAAUUAUCAAAUUCGAUAUUUGGCCUCGUUUUACUACUCGCCAUCGGCUGCUUAAUCUAAUCACUGCCACUUGAUGAUACUAUAUCCUC